CAGCGUUUCAAAAUUGAAUUCGCUCUUCAUAUCCGCUUUAAAUAAAACAUUCCCGGCGCGCAGGCACACCGCUAAAGCAGAUGGAGGUCCGCCCAUGAAAAAUUCGUUUCAACUUUUUUUCUUCUAAAGUGACUUUCCUACACGCCACUUGUAUAUAGGUAUGUAGGUAUAUAGGAGCGCGCGCCGAGUGUUUCACCGAGACUUCAUUUCACCGGCCACGCCAUCGGGAGUUGGUACACGUAAAAGAGCACGCGCGCGAUAGAUCACGGGCUUUCCCGAUUCGUGUCGUUUUUACACGUAUAUCUACCACGCCGGCCGUGCGGGACCGACGGCGUGCCUGUUUUAAACGUGGAAUGUAUUUCACUCGGACCUCCUAUAUCGGCGGACGUGCUCUCUCUCGCUCGAGAGCUGUGCCUCGUGUUUUUCCUCUCCCGAACGGUAGUCGACGUGCGGACGAUGCGAUAGCAGAGCUGGACGGUCCGCCAGAAAGUAAAACGGUUCGGGGGAUUGCGAUAUUAGAAAGUGUCUAACGUCGAGAAAAAGGAGGCGGACGUCGGCGGAAAGUGAGGAUACGAUCGUUGCGUGAAGAGAAUCAGGCGCGAUGUCCAAGUGCUGCGGCUGCAUCGGCCUCUGCGCGACUAUCGAGACGUAUCAACCUCUAAAGACCCGUAUCUACUCGUCGCGCGAUAUCCAAGAAUCGUUGAGAAACGGCCGAGAGGUUCUGAGAAGCCCGAGGGAUCGACGUAGGAAGCCUAGCGUUCGCUACGACGUCGUGAGGACUCCCGGAAAUGGCAGCGAGCCGUCAACGCCACAUCGCCAUCUGCCUGGGACUCUGCGAGGUGCCCUGAGCCAUUCUCAUAAUCAUCAGCACAACCAUCCCCAUAGACAUGAACUACCACCGUCGACGUACCUCACACCCCCACCGCCACCACCAGCAUCGAGUUACAUUACGGUGCAGCGCGGCUGCGUUCUGCAUUCGAGGCUCGACCAGCCGGUGACCAGCUCUGCGCCCGGGAUGGACAACAAAAAGAUUGUCCAAUCGAGCACGCCGCCCGCCGUACCUGUUCAGGUACGUAGCAAGCACGAUGGCUCGGGGGUGGCGGCUUCCGUAUCGGGGGUACGUAGACGGAGUGGUCCUCAGGGGGGUCUGCGUUCCCCCGCCGCGAAAAGGCCCCUCUCCGCCCCCGUUGCACUGCAGGGAUGGUUGCAUAAACAGGGCUCGGAGGGUCUCAUGCUGUGGAAAAAACGUUGGUUCGUCCUCUCCGAGUAUUGUCUCUUUUAUUACAAAGGUCCGGAAGAGGAGAAACUACUAGGUUCGAUAUUACUACCUUCGUACAGAGUUACCGUCUGCAAACCCGAAGACAAAGUCAACAAGAAGUUCGCCUUCAAGGCCGAACACGCGAACAUGAGGACUUACCAUUUCGCGGCUGACAGUCGGGAGGGUAUGAACCAGUGGGUGAACGCUCUGACUCUGGCGACGCUUCUGCAAGAUCCUAGCCCUGCGGGCGAAGCUGCAGUAGUCAUAGAAAUAGCACAGGACGGCGAACGAAGCGCUCGGCCUAGCGUCUCAUCGAUCUCGUCGAUCCUGAAUCAGAGCGCCGACGACAGCGACUCUGGUUUCCACGGCUUUCAGUCGCGCGACGACCCCAGCCAUGCCUCGAACAACAACUCCAGCCCGAACAGCGCGAACACUGCCUCCUUUCCGAACCUCAGCGGCAGCAACAGCAACGGCAAUUCCGCCAACAACAAUCACGCGAGCGACUCGGGUCAUCCGAUGAUGAACGGUUGGGUGCAACCGCCGCAGUCGCAGUACGGCCAGCCUGGCACUUUUCAGCUGCAGCAGCAACAGCAGCAGCAAUACGGGCACUUGCUGCCGUCGCAGCAACUGCAACCGGGUCAUUCGCACCAGCAUCAGGCGCUGCUUCAUCAGCAUUUGCCGCAUCAGAACGCGCUUCCGACCCAUCAGUCGUCGCAUCCGCACAAGCACGUGAUUCAACAGUCGCCGCAGCAGCAGCAGCAGCAGCAGCAACAGCAACAGCAGCAGCAGCAGCAACAACCGCCCCAGCAGCUGUCGCAUUCCGGUUCAGGCGGUGUUCAAACGAUGCAGCCUAUGCCUCGAAAAUUCGGACAGCCCAUUUACGCGAAUGCACCGCCAAAGCCUAGAAGAUUGACGGACGGCUCUAACGAGUACUCGACGCCAUCGCCGGAUAUGGACUACCGGAAGAGUCCAGUCUCGCCGGACGUCACGGUGACGAGCAAGAGUCCGAUGUCCGAUUACGAGAGGAACAACACGAUCUAUGGCACUCGGAUGAGUCAGCCGUCGCAGCAGAGUCUACGAAUCGACAAAUCGGGCCUGAAUUAUGGCUACGGCCAGACCGGCCAACCGACGGAGAGGAGGACUCCGGACACGUACGGUCGUAGUGCGAAACCGAGAACCAGCAGCAGAGGUAAUGGCGACUACGAGGAGGUCUACGGUACUCCUCAACUUUACCAGAGACCCGCGGGACCGGUCGGGUAUACCAAGGGCGCGUCGCCGGCGCCCAUCCCCAUCCCCAUGUACGCGCAACAACAGCAUCUGCAGCAGCUGCACUCUCCCAUCGCGCCGUCGAACGUGUCGAUGGUAAGGCAAUCCAGGACUCAACCGCCGCCGCGACCGCACAGCGCAGACUUUCUCGAAUACGAGGCGGCAAGGCGACCCCAGCAACAACCCGCGCAAUGCGAGAGACUCCCGGAUCAGCAGAGACGCCCGCAGAGGCCUAAAUCCAGCUUAGACAUAGUGAAUCCGUCAGACACGACCAAUGACGGUUACUUUUAUUCCGAAGAAAGAUACGCGGCGCAGAUGCGGCAGUCCGCGGUGUAUCUGCAUCAGACACCUCAACAUUCAUAUCAGCAGCAGAGGAAUCAGUCCCUCUCGCGUGUCACGAUGCAGCCGAAACUGCCAAGUAUCCGCGAUAAGACCGAAGAGAGUAGAAUGUCCACAUUGCCGGAUUCCACUUGUCCCGCGCUGAGACGCGUACAGCGAGAUCACGUUCAUCAGCAACACACGAUGCCCGCUCAGUCGCUGACGCAGAGACAUUCCGAGAUAAUGGGCGUCGAUCCGAAACUUCGAAGAUCCCUGCGCGAGAAGAGCUGCGAAGCGAACAGCCGCGAGACGCUGACACACGAGGAUAAUACCAUCCCUCGUAGAAUACCGCGCGGCGAGUAUGACGGGUGGGGAAGAGCGGCGGGUCACAGUGUUCACGGGACUCACAUCACUCAGACGUGUCACGCCGGUCACGCAGGUGCCAGCAGGCGAUGGAGUGAGCAGCAGCAGUUCUGCAGAUCGGCCUCAGCGCGUCUGCCAAGAACACGACAUCCCGCUGCCCUUGAUCCCGACGACGACGACUACGCCGAGAGGUCCUCCGAGCACGAUUCACGGGAUGGUGAACGCAAGAUUCAACAGCGCGAAGAGUCGAUGAAGCGGCUGUUGGAAUGGAAGCAGCGUAUGCUGCAAUCACCGUUGACACGAAAGCCGUCCGGCUCGGCCAAUCGAGGCAGGGCGCAAAAUGAUCUUUCGAGUUACUACAAGCAACAGGCGCUGCUGGAUUUGGCAGCGCACGAGGCCGCCGUGGCGGAGGGUCGUCACUCUCGUAGACGGGAGGACGGGCAUCGUUCGCAUGUCAGGAGCAAGAGCUCGGACGGCCGUCGGACUGCCGUCAACGUGCCACGUUACAACAGCUAUUCCAGCGAUGACGAAGAGCUGGGAGAUGUCCGGAGGAAGCGCUCGCGCAGACCCUCGCAUGCAGGAAGGAGCCCCCGGCACGCCGGCGACGAUCGGUCAUCGACGGUGACGUCGGCCGUCCAGGAUGUCACGAUACCCGGGACCGGCGGCCGCACGAGCAUUAAUCAGACCUCGCAGUCGCAAACUCUAAACGCUCGCAAAGCGAACCCGGGGAGCGCGCUCUCCUCCGUGGGUGGAAUACCGCCGGACGCAGGUUACGACGAGGUCAGCUUUUCGCCGAUGAUGAGGAACGAUUACGCGUACGCGUCGUCCUCGGCGGACAGGCAAUCGUCGUCGAGAAAAUCGGAUCUUGAGGCCGCCUUCGAAGAUCCCGCGACCAGGCACAAGACCUCGAAGAAGCCAUUAGGUAUUUUGAAGAUGUCGACCGCUUACGGUUCCGAUCAGCAGAAAUUCGAUGGACAUCAAAGUGGCAAGAUCGAGAGCAGCAGAUCGGACAAUAUGUGCGGCUACCGAGUCAACGAGUCCUGGCACGUUCAGAAGAACGUUCAGUGGGACUCGAAGGACGAUGACGAGUGGGAUCCUGGCAUCGACGAGAGCAAGGUUAUAAAAGAGUUUUCUUAUCAGUACAUUAAUCCUAGAAAAGUGCCGAUGACGUCGAAGGUGGAAGAUGAGAGCGAGAAGCUCGAGACUAUGAAUUUAGUACAAUGCAGAAUCAGAUCUUUCGAGAUGAACAUAGACGGUGCGAGUCCGGUCAAGGAGGUAUUGACCAUGCAGGAGCCGUUGAAGGUGUCACCAUUGCAGGCAACCGAGGCUCACGUUUCAAAACUCGACUGCGCGAACAAGACUUCAUCCGUUAUACGUAGCUUCGCCCUGGGUGAAAGCACUUCGGACCACGCGUCUAAACACAAGAACGUAGAAGAAGGACACGCUAAGCAAGCUUCGACCGAUAGCAACAAGUCGGUCAAAGAUCUUCUAGCGGAUUUCGAGCGGAAAUCGCAACAGAUUAACCGACCGAAGUGCGAGAAGCGACAAGAGAUGAAGCAUCGCGCAGAUUAUGACGAUACCGAAACGUUACGAUACGAUAUUGGAACUAAUCUGGACCGAAAUAGAGACGAUGAGAAGGGAAAGCUUAUAGAAAAGGACGAAUCUAUUAUGCAACGUUUUGCUUCGGACGCUCUCUAUGCUACGGGCGCUGUACAAAUGCAAAAUACUGAUGAAUCUUCGAAGAAAAGCAAGUUGACCACUUCGAAGGACAGUCUGAGUGAACAAUGUGUGCCAUCCACCGACAUGAGUAUUAUACCAAGUCCUAACUGUGCCAGAACGAGCAUAACGGAAUCUUUGUUGACGCAUAGCGAUCAAUUCUCUGCUGAUAACGAGUCGAUUAACGUUACUUCGAAGCAGGACGAUAUUAAUAAUGAGGAUCACUAUCUUCCCAUGUCUCCUAGAAAAGCCAUAUUAGAUCCGAACAGCGAUGACAGACCGAAUCCGAAAAUAAUGGAAAGUCUUUUCGCGAAUUUGGAUCACGAGGAGAGCUCGUACGUGGAGAUGGCGCAAAACGGGAUGAAUCGUUCUCUUCUGGCGCCGAACGAGGACGGCGGAAAGCACGAUUCCGGCGAUUAUUCCACGCUGGACACAUCCCAUUACGAAUUUGUCUGCGUGUCGGAUAAUAAAAUGGAACCGGUAUAUAUGGAGGUAAAUCAAUUGUCCGAGAAGGAGGACGAGGACGGGAAUAAAACGUUCCCGAUGAAAAAGAGCGGCGUUAACGAGAAUUCGCCGCAUUCCAGGGGCGAUCUGCCAGACAUCUUGACGGCGCUCAAGUCCGACAGUUCCGAUGCCGACGACGAGUCGUCUAAGGAUUUAGACUCCAUAGACGCGCCGCGACAUCCACGAUUCAGUCUGUCCGACACCUUCCGACCGGCUUCCUACUAUCUAGGAGCUAGCCGCAAUAUGAUUGCGGAAUUACACGACUCGUCGGACAGUGAGUUGGUAUCCCCACCGCCGAUACCGACUUCUCCACCACCGUUGGAUGACUUGGAUUCACUGGACAUGCAAGAAUCCUUAGAGAUAAAAAAGGUCUCACCGCAGGUGGCUACGAUGAAGGACAAUACGCUGAACCGUGACUCUCCGAAAUCUUGGAACAAGCCGGUAGGUCAAGUAGAGACGCAUAGGCCACCGUCAAGGUUUUCCGACGCAACCAUCAGCUCCACCUUCAGAGACAGCAGGAUAUCGCUGGAGAGUGCCUCCGGAAGCGAUUCGGUCGAACUGAGAAAUCCGGACGAGGAAGCUCGACAUCGACAAUUGAAGAGGAGACCCGUCAGCGACGAUGUUUGCGAAGUUCUUGACAGUCUGGACGAGUUGGAAUCGUUGGGAAGUCGCUUCGAUGGCACAAGUAUCGAUAUCGAUCGGUAUUUGGAGGAGUUGCAGGCUAGAGAUGCUUUUAACGUGGAUCUUUAUACGAAGGAUCUGAGUUACAACAGCAUCUACGGGUUCAACGAGAAUAUGCUCGUGGUCGAUAAAUUACAAAAGACCACGUGUCAAGAUCUAUCGAGGAAGAUGAAAUUAAUGUCGAGCAAUCUCGACCGGCCGUUUGAUUAUUCCGGCAAAAAUAAGACCGGCUCGGCGAGCAGCUUGCCGUCUAUGAGGGUAUCGGAUCUACCACCGACUCACCAGCACUCGCAGUCCUUCACCGGUGACGCUCAUUACGAGAACGUCGCGAGCUUCUUGCCGCUUCGCGGUUCGCCGGCGAUCCGACCCGACAGCGAGCCGCCACGCGACAAUGUUCACAGGAUGCAGAGCGGCACGUCCCAGAGCAUCGGCGCACUGCCGAUCUCUCACAGCAGGGAUUCAAGUUACUCGAACGUUUCGGUCGCGGCAUCCAUCUCGACGUCCAUGGCUUGCCAGAGGCCCGCGAGCGCGCAAUCGUCGAUGCACUCUCCCAUCAGCGCGUCCAUGUCCUCGGUGAAUCACGGCGACACCACGCUGGCGAGCAUGCUGCGGAACGUCAACGCGUACUCCGAACAAAGGUUCCCGAAUCACUCGAGGUCCGCCAGUCACGACACGUGCGUGCGACACGUGCUGCCGAAUCAUCGAUCGACUUCCAGCCAGGAUUCGAGCCAUUAUCCCAGCUCGAUGCCGACGAUGCCGAUGAUGCAAACCGCCAACUCCACAGUUCUACAGCAGUCGUAUUUGCCGAGUGCCAGCGAGCAGCGUGCCCAGAGCGAUCAAUCGGGGGCGCCCUAUUACUAUUCCGACCUCCAGGCGAGUGUCAACAGCGUGGACGUGGAGCUGAGCAAACCGAUGAUCGGUCAUACCUCGCGACUGCCACAGCUAAACAAUCAAAGGGAUGACGCGGCGAUCGGCCUGAACAAGCGGAAUGAUAUCGGUCGAAUAGUGAACCCGAUCGCGCGACAAAUGCCACGGCAAAUUCAGGUAGACGACAUAGACGAGGCUAGACGCAUCGCCGCGGAAUUGAGGCGGACAACUUGCCAAUUGUUGGGCGACAACAAGGCCGCUCUCGUGGACAAGAGAAAUGUCUACGAGGCCGACACGUUGCGCCGUGUAAAAUCUACCGAUCCGCUGCCCGAUGUAUCUCUGCCCGAGGCAAGGAACUUGUAUCCCCACGGUCUCAGAGACAAAUCUGUUAAUCCAGGCAGCGUCGAUAAUACCGAAUCGACGCACCGAAUCACACAAACGUCUCAUCGUCGGUCAAGAUCCCUAGAGGGAUUGCUCGACGACGUCGAUCUGCAAAAUUUGGUGGAGCAACGAAACCGAGCUAACCGAGCGGCAGCAGCGGCGACGACGCCGACAGCGACGACUUCGACAGAAACCAGCCAGAUCGAAACAAUGCCGCAAAACUUGCCGUCUCCCGACGAUCAUAUCGUCGCGACGGAUAGCAAUUUCAAUUCUAACGAUCCUUGGGAGCAGGACAGUCUCUGGUGCGAGAGUCUGAGAAGAGUGAGCCUGCGAAACGCCAGAUCCUUAGAUAAUCUAGAUAGUCCGCCAAGACCUGGAAGACCCAGCGACGCGAAAUCUCGCGGCAGGAUCACCCGUGGGGCGACCUACGUAAACGACAGUGUCGCUUUGCGCAGGGAUAACUGCGCGAUGGAGUCGUCUUGCGGCGAGCGACCGCGAGUCAAACGCAGAACGAACAAGGAUCACGAUCGUCAGACGCGGGAACGAUCGCUCGAUGAUGACGACGGGGAUCGUGACGGUGACAACGAUGACAACGAUGACAACGACGACGUCACCUACGAGACCUUGUCGAUGGAACUGAUCGGUGCGGGUGGUUACGUGUGGGACUCACAGAACGAGGCCUACCGCAAGCCCACCGCUUCGGACAGGAAUCAUUUUUUAGAGGACGGCAACCUUCCCCCGGCUCGCUCGAUCCCGGACGUCCGAAUGUCCGCGACGUCGUUCGAGCUCGACCGAGAGAAGCUCCGCCAAUGGGAUUUGUUGUCGAGCGCCUGCUUACUCCAGGAGCAGCAGCGCACCUCGAUGGCGGACUCGGGGCGAGGGUUGCCGGUCAUGGAACUACCUGGAGACGCGCACGAUUCUCGGCUCGCCGUCGUCGCGGCGAUGACGAACGCGACGGCAACGGCGACGGCGACGGCGGUAACAACGACAACGACACCGACGGCGACGAUGACGACGACGAUAAUGACAAUGGGCACGGGGAUCGACAGCGAGCGAGUAGACGUUAUCGUAAAGCCAGUCGAUAUCGCGGAUGUACGCGAUGUCGUGCAGACGAAGGUGCCGAUCAAGAGGCAGGAACUGAGGCAGGAGCCGUGUAAACGGGCUGCAGCGUCCGGCUCGGGGUCCGUGAUAGGCAGAGACCCGCUUCCGCCCAGAGCCGUCAGUACGUCUCAUCUGCCUCAAAGAACGCUGACUCAACCGCCAACGGCGGUGUCCACUCUUCCGCUACCGAGAAACAGUGCGGGCAGCAGCAGCAGCAGCAGCAGCAGCCACCGGCAACAACCGCUUCCGCUUCAUCGCUCGACUCCGCAGCAGCUAACGCCUAUGAGACAGCUGGAGAGCGAGCCCACCGCCCAGAUGCUGAGGGCCGCGAGCAACGGCGACAUCGGCAAGUGCCCCGGCAUGGUUACCGGUAACGACGUGAGGGACCUGAGACUGGCAUCGCCGGGCGGUCAUUCCACUCAGCGAUUGAUCAGCCCGAUCGGACACUUGCGGGUCGCUUCGUUAAACGACCACCGCGUCUCCAGUCCCAGCGACAGCGAGAUACGCGUGCACAGUCCAAGCGAGAGAAAAAUGAUGAGUCCAAUCGGCAGGGAGGUCGAUCGUGGCGGGGGCACGAUGAGUCCGAUGAGACAAGGACAACAGCAGCAGCAGCAGCAGCAGCAGCAGCAGCAGCAGCAGCAACAACAACAACGGCCACGCGCAGACUGCACCGAGAUGCUGUACAAAAGGGCUAGAUUGGCGGAUCUCGACACGCCGAGACGGCUGGAGAAUCUUCAAAAACUCGAGGAACUCAAGAGACACCUGAUGGAUCUCGAGAAGCAGUACGAGAAGAGCAAGCCUCUCGUGAACCUCGUGGACAACAUGGUGAAGCUGGGAUCUUUGUAUAAUCGUAACACUGCCAACGGGACCAGCAAUGUUUCCGGUUCUCGCUACGACCUGAUGCAUGAGAACGCGAGGGAUCACCGAGAUCGUUUGGAAUUUAAUCAAAGAGUACAAGAGCAACGAUUGUUGGCUGAGGAGCGCAGGGAUUGGGACAGACUUAGUCCCGAUCAUGGACAGCUACAGGCCAAAGUACAGCAGCUCUACAAACUCGAUCGACUACUCCAGGAGGAAUCUGGCACGCUCCAUAGUCUCCAACAAGACAAGGAAAUACUGGAGAAGGCUUUGGGCGGGUUGCGGCAUAAACUGCAAGGUAGCAGAAGCAAUUUGGCCGAAGCCGAACGAUAUCGGAAGCAGCAACUCCUGUUGGAGCGCGAGCUGAGCAGAGUGAGAAUACUGCUCGCUCAUAACUCGAAGGUAAAACCGGUAUUCUUCCAGAAACUCGAGGAAACGGUGGCCGAAAAUGCGAGAUUGGAGCAGGAUUUGGUGGUAUUGAGACAAAAGGUUCAAGCGUCCAGAAGAUAUGCCGGUAACAUCGCGAGGGACACCUCGAGCACGACCGCACCUCUGGAAGCGGAAUUACGACGAGUGCAACAACUCGUCGGCGAUCUGCAGAGACAGAGGAAGGAACUGAGCAUUCAAGUUCGCCAACUGACGGAGAAAUCUCACAGUUUGGUGCAGCAAAUUCGUCCGCAGCCACCGCACGCUCCACAGGUACAUCACUCGAAGAAACGUACGCAAAAUUCCUGGUUAGAAACCGAUUUGGAUUCCGGAAUAACUCUAGAUCACGGUCUAGACUCGCCGUCGAGUCCGUCUCUAUCCAUCUCACCUCCGAACAAACAAAAUGAUAGCUCUCAUCAACGAUACAGUUCUCCUACACAGUACAAGGACUUAUCUCCAUUAAAUCGUCCACAUAAUCAGCAAUCCUUUGGACAACCCUCGCAAAAUCACAUAUCGGCUCUCUCACCACAACUGCGCGAACAGAUUCAACAACACCAAUUAAAGCAACAAUUAUUAAAGGAUCAAAUGCAAGGCAAGGGUAGCACGAUUCAAGUGGCGCCUCUGUACGUUAAUACGGAUUCAAGAGUAGCAGAGGAUUACGUCACCGACACGAGCAAGCAUAACGGAAAUGUGUUGAAUGGCACGCCAAAUCCUGCUCCGGAAUACAUCCCACCGCCGCCGCCUCCUUUAAGCGAGGAGGCAUUGUUGUUGAACGAUAAUUAUAGACAAAACGAGGACAACAAAUUCGCUGGAUUAAUGCACGGUCGCGAGAAGCAAGAGAUCAAGACGGUGCGCAUAGUGAAACGCGAAUCGGAAAGGCGGCAAAGGGACCGUGGCGACAGAACCGGCAAUAUCGGAAUUCCUUUGAUGAACGGUCUGCAAGCACCGGGUGGAGCAAAAAGACUGUGCGACGAUGAUUUCGGAGGUUCCCAAAAAUUCGAAAAAGCUCAGCUGGGCAGAGUGGUAGAAGAAUCGCCAAUCGUUCACGCACAGAGCACCGUUCAGCUGUCCGAACUGGAUGACGUUCAAUUCCAAAGGAGCAUGUCUCUGCCACGCGGUUUCGGUGGGCAAAAACAACACUCCGGGGUACACUAUGGACCCGUGAUGCCUCCACCGCGCAGCGACAGCAUGCACGCUCUGAAGAGCAUGAUGGCGCGUCGACAUAAAAUCAGGUUCGAAAGUCACGACGGCAGCUCGGAUAGUACUCUGUCACCGUAUACGGACAGUCCUACAUCCAGCUCUCACGUGCCGAUGAGUUCGCCCAACUACUCCACCGCCUCGUCGUAUAGUCCAUGCCAGAGCCAGAAUUAUCCGUCGCAAGUGACGACGGUAGCUGCGCAGCCUCACUAUCACAACUACUCGCUCGGAUCGUACAGGCAAUACGAGAAAAUCGGCACUCUCGCGGAUGCCAUGAGCCCCGAAUUAACGUCGCCGACUAAUGUCGGCAUACACGAGAGACCAGUCGCUGCGACGACGGCGAACGCAAAUCAGUCAGAAUCGCCGCAAUUAUCGCCUGUAUUCAAGAGCGAGGCUGCCAAACAGAUUAUCAAAGAGAUGACAGAAAAGAGGGUGGAGGGUCCGAGACGAAGGCAGAUUCCUCGCGAGAAAAGACGGCAUUACACCGUGUCUAGUAGCAAACCGGUGCUCGACCUAGAGGACACUUUCUCGAAGAUGGGUAUGGGCAGAGCCAGGGAUGAUUUAGAUAUGGAAAGAGCGCUCAGACCCAGGAUAAACGCCCCUGACGUGGUACGAUCGACAUUAAGCCACAAGGAAUUGAAGUAUAACGAGAGUACUAUAGAUCAGUUGCUAGGCACGCCUAAUAAGAUUGUCAUUCCCGAGCGAUAUAUUCCUGAACAGACGCCGGAGUUAACAGCGGAAGAACAGGAGCAACGCUUAAAAAAAGCAGAAGCAAUCAGGAAAAUGCUUUCGGAAACAACCGUGACCGCACCGGAAGGAGGUGAUGAUGAUUCUAACGUAGAAAAAUCAGACACCUUGAAACGCAAAGUGGUGGAAGAAAAACGACAGAGGGAGCACAUUCUCCAGCUUAAUCAGAUAUUGGCAAAGCAAGUGAUGGAGAAAAGCAAAAUGGUAGCGGUAAAAGCUCUGGCGACGCUUCCUCUGAAAACUGAGUCGAGCUUAGAUGAUGAUGACCUCUCGCCUGUGGCUCCUUUACCACUUUAUCAACAAAGAGAGAAUUAUUACUCCUAAGCGUCGUUCCAGAAGCACAUAUAGAAGCACAAAACUACUGCCAAUAUGAAGAACAAGAAAGAGAAGAAACGGGAAAUGCAAGAGAAACUCGUUCUCCUCUUAGCUAAACUAAAUUAAGAAACGCGCGAAAAUUCGUGCAAUAUAACUGGAAAAGUACUUUUUAUCCGCUGAUUUACACUGAUUUCAUUGUAAAUAACCAUCGACUAAGUAAAAUGAUAAUAAGUAGUUGUCAUUACUCACGUUAACAAUAAGAAUUCGUAAUAUCCAAGUACACACGAAGAAACAUAUGAAAAAAGCGUAGAUGGCGGCUGCAAGGCAAAAAAAAAAGGAUUGCCAAGCACGUUAUCAGACGAAACUCACGUCAUUUUCUCCAAUUAAGCGCGAAAUCGAGCAACAAUCGCGACUUACUGUCAUUUUUUACCGAUCCCGACGUCCAGCGUUAACGCAAUGAUAACAAUGAAAAUUUGCUGGACGCCGAUUUUCUUAUCCGCGCGACGGACCUAAUGCACUUCCGGGUGAUACUCCGGCUUUGAGAGAAACCUUUUUACCACGUCUCUUCGCAACUCGAAAGUUUUUCUUUUUCGAAAAAGUUUUCAAAUCGAAACGCGUAAUUUGUAAGCACAAGAGACUGUGAAUCUAUUCGCAACUGAGAAUCUGAUUUGGAGAUGUCGUUACGUAUAUACUCUCCCGUACUUUACGUACACAAUCAUUUUCACGAAGCGAAUUUUUAUAUAUCGACAAGCGAGCGGCGAUGAAACCCUCAUCGACGUGAGGUAUUAUUAGAUUUAACGGCGUAGCAGGCUCUUCAUUUUAGC